AUGAGGACCACUUUGACGGAAGCUGAAGACAAGUUAAGCAGGGGGAUUACGAUCAUAACGACACCACAUGCACACGAAUGCCUGACUAGCAAAGGAGAUGAUUCGUUCAAGAACGUAUAUGCACUCGAUCUCUGGGUCUGGGAUAACCUGGUGUUGGAUGUUGAUGCGGCGGAGAAGACGAGUAGCAUCGGAGCGAAGCCAAGUAUCAAGAUCACAGACAUGCCUAGAAAGCAUAUUCCUCCUGGUCCACUUUGCAUAGCAAAUGAUUUACUCAGAGCAGUCCCACCGACGAAUAGCUGA